AAAAUGUCUUGGUUAUUACCUAUUAUCAUGCAGCAUAGUAUAAGCUGAGAUGACUGAAAUAAGACAUGGAGGCUGGUACCUGGGAAGGAUCCAAUGUUGCCAAUUUAUGUUCUAUCAGGAGUAAACUUCCAUGGUAAUUCAAAUCCGAUUGCUUUGAACCUAACACAUUGGAAGGUACAAACAGUAGCCAGCACAUAGGUAGCGCUGAAUACACUGAGUUUUAGCCGAGCUUCCCCCGCAUAAUGAUCCAACCCACGCAAACAUUUUCCAACAGCGACGUCGGCGACGGAUGAGUAGAAGCAGGAGGGCUUCAGAAGGCAAGGGAUCGAAAAUCAAUUAUCCCAACAGCAUUCCAGACGACGGAGAGCAGCCUGGAGAUUUUUUUUUCUAGGAUUUAUUCAUAAACCUGUGGGAGGAACAAUAGCAAGAAUCUGCUCGUAUUGUCUAUCUACCGCCCAUCACCAAAUUACAGGCAGCCCACCUUGGCAAAGCCGCCCGCAAUGGGCACCGUUGUCCAUCCAGUGACAUGAGACACCACACAAAGAACUUGCGCCGCCGGGCUAUAUUUCUCAGGACCACCCCAAGGGGAAACAUGGAUUCUUCCUCCUCUGUUGCGACCUCCACUUCUUCCUCUUCCAAUCACCGAUUGGUUCGGUCGUCAGAGGGAUCGCCAUCAGCAGGCGGCGACGAUAUCGAAGAAGUCAUCAUGACUCCCGGUAUAGCCACAGGGCGCGUGCAGCCGGCAGUAUCGGUCGCAAUUCCGGAUCUUUUUACCCAGCUUCCACCGGUCAAGGACGACCUUGCAACCAGCACCUCCAAGACGCAGGACGAGACAGUGGCGAUAUGCCUCCCUUACUUGGCGGGCAGCGAUGCCAACGCAGACGUGGAGCACAACGCCCACGGCGUGCCGCACAUUGAUCGCAAGAAGCACGUCCGCUUUCUUCGCAACAUGCUGAGGCAGUUGCCUGCGCCAUUCAUAGCAGCCGACGCCAGCAGACCCUGGUUUUUGUACUGGUCGCUCAACGCCAUGGCCAUUCUGGGCGAGAACGUCAAGGAGGACUACGCCGAAUCGCUGGCCGACACCGCAAGGUCAAUGCAGAACGAGUCUGGCGGCUUUAGUGGCGGUCAUGGGCAGACUUCCCAUUUGGCAACUACCUAUGCCGUCGUGCUCGCUCUCGCUGUUGUCGGCGAUGAGGAAGGUCUCUCCCUUAUCGACAGGAGAGCUUUAUGGAAGUGGUUAUGCGAUCUCAAGGAGGCCGACGGAGGCUUCCGGAUGUCUUUGGGCGGAGAGGAAGAUGUCAGGGGUGCGUACUGCGCAGCAGUUAUCAUAUCCCUGCUUAAUCUUCCGCUGGAUCUAUGCAAGGACUCGGAGGCGUACAUCAGAGAUCCCACCGCCAAUCUAUUUACCGGUUUGGGUGAUUAUGUUCGAAAAUGUCAAACAUUCGAGGGAGGCAUAUCAGGCCAACCGGAUGCAGAAGCUCAUGGCGCAUACGCCUUUUGUGCCCUGGGGUGUCUGUCUCUCCUAGGAACUCCAAGCGAAACCAUCCCCAAGUAUCUCAACAUUGAACGGCUCAUUUCUUGGCUUUCUUCACGACAAUAUGCUCCCGAGGGCGGAUUUUCAGGGAGAACCAACAAGCUUGUCGAUGGUUGUUACAGCCACUGGGUAGGGGGAUGUUGGCCAUUGAUAGAAGCAUGCCUCAACGGGCCUGUCAAGGUUUCCAGCCUCGAUGUAGAACCUCAACCACUCUUCAGUCGUGAGGGCCUCAUGCGAUAUAUUCUCUGUUGUUGUCAGGAACAGGGAAAACGGGGCGGUCUGCGCGACAAGCCCGGAAAGCCAUCGGAUGCAUAUCAUUCCUGUUAUGUCUUAUCGGGCUUGAGUUCCGCGCAAAACCGGUGGCAGCUCGUUGUUGGGGAUGACGACAUGCCAGCUUGGAUGGUUUCACCGUUCCCGAACGAGGAAGAGAUCUUUGACGAGAAAGAUCGAGUAGGCACGGUCCAUCCGGUCUACGUCAUCCCCGAAGACAAGGUUGCCAAGGUUCAGACCUUCUUUGCUUCAAGAGAUGGAUUCUAAGUGAGGUUAUGCCGAGAGGAUAUCGGCAACAGGGGAGUCCAUAACAUCAUGGGUUAUUGUUACAGCAGAGUCCCUUGGUAGGCAAUUAGCAAGCCUUCCAAGCUUAUCUAGAGUCGACUUGGCUCUCUAACCAACGUUAGGGUAUAACACUACACGACACGAGCGGGUAUUGGAUGCACUUCAACCGCCCUACAUAUGACUGUUACAGUCCUUCGCGGGGUUUACCUUCACAUUGACCAUGGCAUACAGCGGCUUGGUUUCUCGCGCAGGUUGAGGCAGGGAUUUGGCGAUCUUCUCGAGUUACAUAGGUUUGGAUUCAGAACCUUGACAGCUCAGUAUCUUUACCAAUCAAAAGUCUUUCGACAGCUUUUCAUCGCAUUUGACCGCCGAAUUGGAGAAGUGCAACACUAAAACUCGGGGGAAUCAGCCGUCUGCAUCCCGAACGACGCUUGUCUCAGAUGCACUGCACCUUUACACGCCGUAUAUUUCUCUACGACCACACUCUGUGGUUACACAAAGUGAGCGAGACGUAUAUGUUACAAUAGAGGCA